AUGCUGGGAAAGGAAUUGAGUCGGAGUCAGGAGGACUGGAAGUAUCUUCCUCAACCACCAUACCCAUCGAGUUUACUCCAGCAGCCCUAUCCUAAGGGCUAUGAGGCACCAAACUUUGUUCUCUUUGACGGAAGGAAGGGGAGCUCGAAGGAGCAUGUCAACCGUUUCAUCGAUGCUUUGGGGCCACAUGCUGGAGAUUAUAAUCUCCGACGUAGAGAAUUUUCGAAGAGCCUUACCGAUUGUGCUUACACGUGGUAUAUGACGUUAGCACCAGGCUCUAUUCGUUCUUGGGAGGAUUUGGCAAACAGAUUCCGGGACCUGGCGUUGGAUUGCUACGAUGAGAAAGAUGAGGAGGCGCUUGUCGAAAUUUGCAUCAGCAAUAUUGUGGUAGAUUAUCGAGUUUAUUUGGAGAAUAUUGGCAUCAGUCAAUUUUCUCGGCUGCUGGAAGCUGUAAGGAAGACAAGCAUGUCUGUCAAACCAGUGAGGACUUGGAGGAGCAAUAAGAAGGAUACACACCAAGCAUUGGUCGCGAAUGACAAGCCAUCCAACGAUUACAAUUCGCGCAAACGGAAGGAUAGGAAGACAUAUCCACCGCUACCAUGCAAAGAUGAAGAAUUUCAUGCCAUCCUUGACACGAUGAUUGCUGAUGGCGCGAUCAAGCCUCUUAGAACCUACAAAAUUCCUACUAUAGAGGAGAAGAAUGAUCCUAGGUAUUGCUGUAUUCAUCAAUUCGUGGGGCAUCCAACUACUGCCUGUCAGAGUCUAAGGACGAUUUUACAUGCUAAAAUACAUGAAGGAGUCCUCGAGCUUCCCUCUAGGAAACAAACAAUUGAUGAAGACCCUUUGCCAAAACGAAGGGGAAAUGAGGUAGCCGCUGUCAUUACAUGUUCCGAUGAUUUGCUCGAUGAUGAUGAAUUGUGCCACCCAUGA